ACAUCCAUAUAGAUACAUAAAGCCCUCAAGCAUGUUCUGUCUUGGGUACAUAUCAUAUUACAUACCCCUUUAACUCAGGCUGGAGAAGGAGGUCAGGAAGGAAAAAGUGUAGGUGUGCACCCUUUUCUGUAUCUGCAGCCAUGUUAAAGGGCAGCAAGCAUUUCUCCCAUUGUUUUCUAUUGGCUUUGAUGGAAAUAUUAACUUUUAGGAUGGAGGUAUGAAUAAUGAUUAUUGGAGUUGUAACACAGUUGUUACACAUGCUUAUUUGACUCUUAAUUCAAUAGGAUAGCUGUGUGUGCUGUACUGUGUUAGCCUGCUGCUAGUCUAUGGUUAUGGGACAGGGGUAAUGACGGCUAACUGUUAGCGCUGUCUGAGGUGGCAAAACAAACAAUAUGGUGGGAGAGCAGCAGACCAGUCAGCUAUGCUUCACUGUGGUUGCUGCAACAUUUUUCCAUUGAAAAUGAGCAACUUUUUAUAAGUUGGGGAAUUUUGAUCAGUCGAAAGGGUCCCACAGGGAUGCUGGCCCAUGUUGACUACAAUGCUUCCCACAGUUGUGUCAAGUUGGCUGGAUGUCCUUUGGGCGGUGGACCAUUCUUGAUACACACAGGAACUGUUGAGCGUGAAAAACCCAGCUGCGUUGCAGUUCUUGUCACACUCAAACCAGGGCGACUGGCACCUACUACCAUACCCCAUUCAAAGUUCAGUAUGGAGCGACUGAAUGAGGAGGCGGUGCGGCUAAGCCUGCUGAAGCGAAGCCUGGACUCCUCCUCGCCUGCAGGCGGCGCCACGAGCAGUGAGCGAGACGAGCUGCUCUCCAAACGCAUCAAGAUGGAGGGCCACCAAGCCAUGGAGCGCCUCAAGAUGCUGGCCUAUCUGAAACGCAAGGACCUGGCCAGCCUGGAGGGAGGAGGGUUGGGAGGGGUCUCAGGAGGCGGGGCCCUAGGGGGUGAGGUCAAGGGUCAUGGGUCUUCAGGGGGAGGGGCUUAUGAGGAGAAGACCAAUGGGAGCCUCCGUGGUCAAGUUGUGGGAGCCCAUGGCAUGGUGGGAAAAAGCGGAAAGGAGAACAUGGGCGAGGAGCCGGUGGAUUUCAGCGCCCGGAGAGGUGACGUUGACCGGGAGCGACACACACCCUCCCCUGAUGUGAUCGUCCUGUCAGACAAUGAGGCGUCCAGUCCAAGAGGACCCAGCCAAGGGGAAGAACGCCUGAGGGUAGCGAACCUGGAGAUGUUUAAGGGUAAGACAGGGGAGGAGAGGCAGAAGAUGAUCAGGGCUCUGAGAGAGGAGCUGAGGCUGGAGGAGGCCAGGCUGGUGCUGCUGAAGAAGCUGAGGCAGAGCCAGAUGCAGAAGGAGAACCUGGUGCAGAAGGUCCCUGUGGUCCAGAACACAGCGUCUGCCCUCCAGAGCGGUGCCGUCCACGGUGCUCAGAGCAUGAGCAAGAUGUCUGGCCGCCCUGGCCACCACACCCCAGAGCCCCAGAACCAUCGCACUGCACAGGUGGGCUACAGCACUGCACAGGUGGGCUACAGCACUGCACAGGUGGGCUACAGCACUGCACAGGUGGGCUACAGCACUGCACAGGGUCACUCAGUGAUCAGGUCAGCCACCAACAGCUCCAUGUCUCAGAUGAUGAUGUCACAGAGCAGGGUGAUAGCGCCCAACCCUGCCCAGCUGCAGGGCCAGAGGCUGGCACAGCAGAAGCAGGGUGGCAUGCGCUCCUCGACUGGCAGCUCUAACAACGCCGUUAGCUACCAGCAGUCUUCCACCCAGCAGGUGGCAGCUUCUCAGCGCUCUGGCUCCUCCUCCUCCUCAGCCAUCUACAUGAACCUGACCCACAUGCAGGCAGCCGGAGCCGCGGGAGGGGUCAGCGGGGUGUCGGGGGUGGGGGUGGUCAGCCCCUCAGCCACACACAGCCCAGGGGGGACAUCGGUGGGCUCCUCCAUGGCAGACACAGCCAGCAGCCAGGCGGCCGCAAAGCUGGCCCUGAGGAAGCAGUUGGAGAAAACCCUGCUGGAGAUCCCGCCUCCAAAGCCACCGGCGCCGCUCCUCCACUUCCUGCCGUCAGCGGCCAACAGCGAGUUUAUCUACAUGGUGGGCCUGGAGGAGGUUGUGCAGAGUGUCAUUGACAGUCAGGGUAAACUGCGUUUGCCCUCCUCCAUGGAGCCCUUCUCGUGUGCCCAGUGCAAGACGGACUUCACCCCUCACUGGAAGCAGGAGAAGGGUGGGCGCAUACUCUGCGAGACCUGUAUGUCAUCCAAUCAGAAGAAGGCACUGAAGGCCGAGCACACCAAUAGGCUGAAGAACGCCUUCGUUAAGGCUCUACAGCAGGAGCAGGAGAUUGAGCAGAGAAUCCAGUUGCAGGCCGCUCUUGCCACCAGUUCAGCUCAAACUGUUCCAAGUGUCAGUAAGGCUGAGUCUAUGAGCAGACAUCACACACACAGACAGGCGCCUCAGCCCCAGGUGAGCCAGUCACAGGCCUCCCUCCAACGGGGUCUGUCUGGCUCGGCCCGGGGUGUCCUGUCCAACUUCGCCCAGGCCUCCCAGCUCUCGGUGGCCAGCAGCCUGCUGGGCAUGACUGGAAAGCGCAGUGGACAGCUGAGCACUAGUGGGCACAGCCGGGCACAGCAGCAGCAACAGCAACAGCAGCAGCAGCAACAGCAUCACGACAACCGCCGCCAGCUCUACAGCAUCCCUGGGGUGAACAUUGCCUACCUGAACCCAGGCAACGUGGUCGGCCACAAGGGGUCGAGCCUGGCUGACCGCCAGAGGGAAUACCUGCUGGACAUGAUCCCGCCUCGCUCCAUAUCCCAGUCCAUCAGCGGACAGAAAUGAACCUCACCCCGCCCCGGCGCAAUACCACAACCCUUCCCCACACCACACCCCAACCCCCAUCGCAUGCAGUGCCUGUUAGUGUGCCUACCAAACUAACCUGUAUGAAGAACACAAUCAACGAGUCAAAAGAGGCCACCAAACUCUGAAAUGACUUUUCAUUUGAACGUGAUGCAAACCCCUUUUAAUUCCUCUUGUUAUUACUAUCGUCAUUAGUGCUAUGGAUGUUGUUACUACAUUGCCGCUACCAGUUAUGAGCGUGCCCAUCUUUGUGGAGAACCCCUGUCUUUAUAUGCUUGUGGCAGUGUCCCGAGUGUGGGGUGUCUUUUGUUUUGGAUUUAUGCGCUUGUUUUUGAAGCAAUAUUUUGUCUCGCUUGAGCUUUCCUUACCGGACUCAAGUCUUUGUUAUGUCUGGAAUUACCAAGCUAUCUUUUUGAGAACUGCACCAAUCCCUGCUCUUUCUCUGAUUUCUGAUUUCAACCAUCACUCUGUUUUUCCACAUUUGGUUGUGAAUUGUUGGAGGAGAAAUUCUACCAGACCGGCCAAACCUUUGUUUUAAAAAGGUGAUUGUGAUGGUUUAACUUUGACCUGAAUCUCUCAAGCCUUUGAGCUUGAGCUUUCUUCAAAGAUUUGUGGGGAGAAAAGAGGAUGUUUGAGACCCUGGAGUUGUCUGAAGCAAUGCUCAUCUAACAGAUUGUUGAAACAAGGAUGGAUACAUAUCCCACAAAGAGGGAGAGCCCAAUGCAACAUCUGGACUUGGAUUGGAUGCACCGCUGAAAAAAUACUACUCCCAUUGGACAUGAAGGCAUAGAAACUGAACCUAUAGCAGAGUUUCCCUGUAUCCUUUCACCUUUUCAUUUGAGGCAGAUAGGGGGGCUGGAGUUCAGAAGUGGUGGAAUUGAGAAGUUAGUAUCCUAAAGCAUAUAUAAUUGAUGGGGUAUUGAUUGGCGAUAUCAUUUAGAGGGAUUUGAUUGGAC